CGGCUAGCGGCAGCUUCCGGCUGACGGUGUUGCUGGUUUUGCACGUGUGUCGCCCCUUUGGAAUUCCUGGAUUACGUUUGCUCUUGGUGAAUUUGUCUGGCCGGGAUUCCCUGCAGACUUAAGGAUGAAGGCUAGAAGAAAUAAAAAACAGGUCCCAAGCUUUCGGAAAUUGCUAAAAACUAGUAAAGUCAAGCUUGAAAACAAACUAAAAAACAAACAACUUAAACAACAAAGCACUCAGAAGAAAUACCGAAAAGAACAGAGGAAACUAAGACAAGCUGUAAAAGAUGCUGUGUCUAAGAAACCUAUUCCAUUGGAGGACCCAAAGAAAAAACAUCAAGGUAAAAGGAUUGAGAGGGAAGAGGAAGAAGAAGAGGAAGCCCUUCCUUUAGAUAUGAUGGAUGAAGAUGACUUACAGUUAAUGAAAGAUUUAGGACAAAGAGCAUCUUUUCUGACAAGAGAUCUUUCUUCUAGUGAGCCUGUUCACGCCAAGAAGAGAAAGCAUGAGCGUGUUAUUGAUAAAUAUGAAAAGAUACCAAGAACUCUGCAAACUGCAUCAGAGAAGGAACUGAUUCACUUGCUUCCUAUCAAAGAUAAAAGUGGCAUAAUCCCACAGACCAGAGAGAAGCCAGUUAUUGACAGUAACCAAGAUGAAGAAGAUCAAGAAGAAAUGGAACCUGAGGAAGAGAUCAUUGAAGAGCCCAUUAAAGAGCUGACUUUAGAAGAACAUUUAAUUGAAAGGAAGAAGAAACUACAGGAGAAGAAAAUGCAUAUUGCAGCUUUGGCAUCUGCCAUAUUAUCAGAUCCGGAAAGUAAUAUUAAAAAAUUGAAAGAAUUACGUUCCAUGCUGAUGGAACAGGAUCCUGAUGUGGCUGUCACUGUUCGAAAGCUGGUGGUAGUUUCUCUAAUGGAAUUAUUUAAAGACAUUACUCCAUCAUAUAAGAUACGGCCUCUUACAGAAGCAGAAAAAUCUACCAAGAUCCGCAAAGAAACCCAAAAAUUAAGAGAAUUUGAAGAAGGCCUGGUUAGCCAAUAUAAAUUUUAUUUGGAAAAUCUGGAACAGAUGGUUAAAGACUGGAAGCAAAGGAAGGUGAAGAAAAGUAAUGUAGUUUCCUUAAAGGCCUACAAGGGACUGGCAGAGGUGGCUGUGAAGAGCUUGUGUGAGCUGUUGGUGGCUCUACCUCAUUUCAACUUCCACAACAACAUCAUUGUAUUGAUUGUCCCUCUCAUGAAUGACGUGUCAAAAUCGAUAUCUGAAAUGUGUUGUGAGGCAGUAAAGAAACUCUUUAAACAAGAUAAAUUAGGCCAAGCUUCCCUGGGCGUGAUUAAAGUGAUUUCUGGUUUUGUGAAGGGCAGAAAUUAUGAAGUUAGGCCAGAGAUGUUAAAAACAUUCUUGUGCCUAAGAAUCAAAGAAGUAGAAGUGAAAAAAGACACAGAAGAUAUUAAUAAACCAAAGAAGUUCAUGACUUUCAAGGAGAAGAGAAAAACUCUAUCAAGAAUGCAGAGAAAGUGGAAGAAAGCGGAAGAGAAACUAGAGAGAGAGCUUCGGGAGGCAGAAGCUUCAGAGAGUACUGAGAAAAAACUUAAACUGCACACCGAGACUUUGAAUAUCGUGUUUGUAACCUACUUCAGAAUAUUGAAGAAGGCCCAGAGGUCACCUCUCUUGCCAGCAGUCCUGGAAGGUCUUGCCAAGUUUGCUCACCUUAUAAAUGUGGAGUUUUUUGAUGACUUAUUAGUAGUUCUACACUCUCUCAUUGAGUCUGGUGACCUAAGCUAUCAAGAAAGUCUUCACUGUGUUCAGACUGCUUUUCAUAUUCUUUCUGGGCAAGGUGAUGUACUGAAUAUUGAUCCAAUGAAAUUCUAUACACAUCUUUACAAAACACUGUUCAAGUUACAUGCAGGUGCUACAAAUGAAGGGGUUGAGAUCGUCCUUCAGUGCCUUGAUGUCAUGCUGACUAAACGCAGAAAGCAGGUUUCUCAGCAGCGGGCCCUGGCCUUCAUCAAGCGCCUCUGUACCCUUGCUCUUCACGUGCUUCCAAAUUCAAGCAUUGGCAUUUUAGCAACUAACAGAAUAUUAAUGCAUACUUUCCCCAAAACAGAUCUGUUGCUUGAUAAUGAAUCGCAGGGAAGUGGAGUUUUCCUUCCUGAGCUGGAUGAACCUGAGUACUGUAAUGCUCAGAACACUGCACUUUGGGAAUUGCAUGCAUUGCGGCGACAUUACCACCCCAUAGUGCGGAGAUUUGCAGCUCACCUCAUCGCUGGAGCUCCUUCUGAAGGCUCAGAAGCACUCAAACCAGAGUUGAGCCGAAGAUCUGCUACAGAACUUUUUGAGGCUUACAGCAUGGCAGCAAUGACAUUCAAUCCUCCUGUUGAAUCUUCAAACUCCAAAAGGAAAAUUCCUGACAAAGGCUGAACUUGAAGUGGAUCAUCAGAGAAGGCUGUCACCAUCUGGCUUGGAUGAAGCAAACACCUUUUUCCUCAGGCAUCCUCCCCCAUACCACCCCCAACCCUGCCAGCCCCCACCACAUACAUCCAAAUGAUGCAACGAGCAGCCACUGCCGGGUUUCACUUAGAGAAGCAGAAUGAACAGGGGAUGGUGGCGGCAGAAGAUUCUCAGGAAGAUUCUGCUCCCCUCACCCCAGCCCUUGGUCUAUGACUGACUGUGUGGGGACAAGGCAGCUGCUACUAUAGGAAUAAUUCAGGACAGAAAGCUUCUAGGAGCAGAUCAGUCAACACUGUCACCUCCAUGAGAGGGCAACCUCACUCUCUCCCCAUUUCUGCUUUAUGGACAUGUGAUGACUCACCUGGGGUGACAGUAAAGUAAUGCACUGCUCUUGAUGAGUGGUCCAUGGCAAUGUUUCCUUACUUUAUAUCUUCCCAUGUUAUAAUGUCUCCAAAACCCCAACAAUACUUUGUGAUAGUAGGCACUGAAAUUCAUGUACCAACUGAUUUAUAAAACAAACAAAAUCCCUGGUAGUAACUUCUGUUUUUUAAUCUAUGAAAUCUGACACUUAAGCUGCUUUCUCUGAUUCCAUUUAAGUCAAUGGUAAAAUGCUAUGCAAAAUGUUAACCUGUCCAUAGAGAACUCAAAGGAGAACUGUUUAUUAACUAUGGGCUCAGUGAACUUACUUGUUGGAGGAGCUGCUUUGCCUUGGUGCCU